AUCACCUGUAAGCAAUUUUAGCCAAUUACCUCUCCACCUCCACUCCUUCUCCUUCCCUCUCGCUCUCUUCUUCUUUUCUUCUUCUUUUACCUCUCUGUCAAGCACAUUUCCUCACAUGAUCCUCUCUUCCUCUCGUUUGUAAAUGUACUAAGGUACUUCUUCUCCACUGUCUUUAUGAUCCACGUGAAGCGAUUCCGUUCGGAUUGUUAAGGAGGAUGUCUUGUCUAUUGCCGCAGUUCAAGUGCCAACCAGAUUCAUUUAUUAUCCACUUCAGAGCUCAUCAGUACCAUACAGCUACCACCUCCUUCCCCUUAAGAAAUAAAGAUUUGAAUUGCUUCCAAAUUCAAUGUGUUUUAUCCCCUACAUCUCCAUUAACGUCAACAACAACUUCUGUGCUUGAUGUGGAGAAGUUGAGAUUACCUUCUUUUGAAGACCAUUCAAAUUUUGCCUCUGCUAACAGACCAUGGACAUAUACAGGGGCAAUUGGCCCACCAGCUGAGGUGAGACUCGCUCGUAUCGAAGAUCUACUAAAAUUGGAAAAGCUCCAGGAGGAGCUUGCGGAGCGAUGUGGGGGUCAGCCAACCUUUGGGCAGUGGGCUGCUGCAGCAGGCAUUGAUCAGAAAACCCUUAGGAGGCGAUUGAACUAUGGAGUUCUUUGCAAAGACAAAAUGAUAAAAAGCAAUAUAAGGCUCGUUAUUUCAAUUGCAAAAAAUUAUCAGGGAGCUGGGAUGAACCUCCAAGAUCUUGUUCAGGAAGGAUGCCGGGGUCUUGUAAGAGGUGCAGAGAAAUUUGAUGCUUCAAAAGGUUUCAAGUUUUCAACAUAUGCUCACUGGUGGAUCAAACAGGCAGUUCGGAAGUCUCUUUCUGAUCAGUCUAGGACGAUUCGGUUGCCAUUCCACAUGGUGGAGGCAACUUACAGAGUGAAGGAGGCAAGAAAGCAAUUGUAUAGUGAAAAUGGUAGACAGCCUGACAACGAAGAAGUUGCAGAGGCAACAGGGCUGUCAAUGAAGAGGUUAAAUGCAGUGUUGCUCACUCCUAAAGCACCAAGAUCACUUGACCAGAAGAUUGGGAUAAACCAGAACCUUAAACCUUCGGAAGUAAUUGCAGAUCCUGCAGAAACUGCGGAAGAUAUUCUGAUCAAACAAUUUAUGAAGCAGGACCUGGAGAAGGUGUUGGACAGUUUAAAUCCAAGGGAGAAGAAGGUCAUCAGAUGGAGAUUUGGCAUGGAGGAUGGAAGGAUGAAGACAUUGCAAGAGAUUGGAGAAAUAAUGGGUGUGAGCAGAGAAAGAAUUCGACAAAUUGAGUCAUGUGCAUUUCGAAAGCUGAAGAACAAGAAGAGAACGAAGCAUCUGCAGCAGUAUUUGGUUGCCUGAGCUCCCAUUAGAUCCAGGAAUUUAAAUUGCAGAACAACAGGCUAGUAUAAUUGAAUCUGAGAAGAAUUAUUUUGCCAGCCUCCUUUAUCUCCUGAUAAAAGUUUGAAGAAAGAAAAAUAAAAAAAAAAACUGUGAAUAGAAACCAAGAUUUUUUUUUUUUUUUUCAAAA